GACCUGGCAACGGAGCUGCAGCUUCCAGACCUCAGGCCGCCUGGCGACUCCGGGCUGGGACCGCGAGGGCAGCUCCGCGCCGAGGUGGGACGGCAGGUAGGGAACGGAGGUGGGGCCCAUCGGGGGCCCGCACGUGGAGAGUAGGCGGAUCCGGCAGCUGCGCGCGGACGCGGGCGCGCGUGGAGAGGGGGCGAGAGUUGGCAUUCGGUGGUCCUGGCGGUUAGCUGAGUGGGCCUUUUGAGCCGCUCGGUGGACACCAGGCUCUCUGGUAGGCCUGGCCUACUCAGAAACAGCAGGAGAGAGAAAAAACAGGCCGGCUGUGAGAAGCCAAGGACACCGAGUCAGCCAUGGCACCUAAGGCAGCAAAGGGGGACAAGCCAGCAAAGGGGGACAAGCCGGCAAAGGGGGACAAGCCGGCAAAGGGGGACAGGCAGGCGGCAAAGGGGGACAAGCCGGCGCCAGUGUCAGCUCCACCUCCAGCCAAAGACCAACCCGCCAAAGACCAACCCGGAGAGGAUGAGGACGAUGAGGCGGCAGCACCGAAGAAACCCAAGUCAGUGCAGCCCAAGCACGAAGUGGGCACGAGGAAGGGGUGUCGCCGCUACCGGUGGGAAUUAAAAGACAGCAAUAAAGAGUUCUGGCUCUUGGGGCACGCUGAGGUCAAGAUUCUGAGUGUGGUCUGCCUAAUAGUGGCAAUGAUGCUGUUCUCCUCACUCACCGUGCACCCCAUCUUGAAGCUUAUCAUCACCAUGGAGAUAUCCAUCUUCAGCUUCUUCAUCUUACUGUACAGCUUUGCCAUUAACAGAUACAUACCCUUCAUCCUGUGGCCCAUUUCUGACCUCUUCAAUGACCUGUUCUCCUUUGCGUUUCUUGUGGGAGCCAUGGUCUUUGCUGUGAGAAGUCGGCAGUCCAUGCAUCUCCACUACUUACUUGGUGUGAUCCUUAUGGGUUUGGCUGCAUUUUUUGCUUUUAUCGAUGUGUGUCUUCAAAGAAACCACUUCAGAGGCAAGAGGGCCAAAAAGCAUAUGCUGGUUCCUCCUCCAGGAAAGGAAAAAGGACCCCAGCAGGGCAAGGAACCAGAGCCCGCCAAGCCACUGGAAGCUGCCAAGCCACCGGAGCCAGCAAAGGGAAAGAAAUGACUUGGCGGAGGCUCCUGGUGUCUGAAACGGCAGUGGAUUGUACAGCAAUGUUUCCACUCUCUGCCUUGUCUUCUUUCUAGAAUGGUUUUCUUUUCCAUUUUAAUUACCACCUUUGCUUGGAAAAGAAUAGAUUAAUAGAUUCUAAAAGCCUAAA